AUUAUUAUUAAAACAAAAGAAAGAGAUUGAAGGGAGGAGGAGAAAGAAAAGGCCAUGGUUUCCAACGAGAGAAAUGCUAAAUCCUCCUACAGGUGAAGACCUUACAGCAAUCAUAGUGCACACACACACCUUACAGAUGCCUGUGGCGGUAACAAUACCCAGUUAUCAGCACCGCAUCUACGCUUUACUCUUCUCCAUCACCAAGGCCAAGAAAACCACCAUGGCCAGCACCAACAGCAGCAAUUCUGGUGGGGCCUUCACCACCAUCCAAGAAAGGGUCACUUUCGAGAAAGAGAUCAAAAAGAGCAAGUUCAUUGCCAUUGCUGGCCCCAUCCCGGACGAAAAAUCUGCCAUGUCUUUCCUUUCCCAGGUACGGGAUCCACGUGCCACCCACAAUUGUUGGGCUUAUAAGGUGGGGGAUCAAUACCGGUCCAAUGAUGACGGUGAGCCUUCAGGAACCGCUGGGAAACCAAUACAAACUGCUAUUGAUUCUUCAGGAAUAGAUAGAGUAAUGGUGGUUGUGAUCAGAUAUUUUGGGGGUAUCAAAUUAGGCACCGGAGGAUUGGCCAGGGCUUAUGGAGGAGUUGCAUCAGAAUGCUUGAGAAACGCCCCAACUUGCUUUGUGAAAACUAAGGUCAUUAAAUAAUAUUGGAGAUCCGCUUAUAACAGGGUUGACACACCAACAAGUACUUGAGUUGUCGAUGGGAAUGGGACUAGAGCCCAUUAUUUAGUUACAGCAAUGGACAUCCAUCUCCGUGUGAUUGGUGAUCCCAUGAAUGGAGUUCAAUGGGUAACAACGAAAUUGCUUGUUGACUAAAGUACACCAAAAUAAAAUUUUGUGGAGUUAUUUCAUUUCUCAUUCCUAUGACGAGGUGUAUUAUAAUUUGUGACAAUAUUAAGG